AAGAAAAGAAAGGUGUACACGAUGCAUUGGGGGUUUCAGCUGGUGUGGUGGCGUAUUUAACGUGAGGUUGUCACAGCACAUUUUUGUGAUUUCUAUCGAUACCUAGUUGUCGUGACGGACGCUGCACCCUUGUCAUUUCUCUCCUAGAUCGAUGUUUUGCGUACACUUGUCCAGAUGGCUAGCCUAGGCAAAAACGAUUCAAAGAGACUCACUUCGCUGUUGCUACAGCCACCAAACUCAAGCUUCUCGUGGAAUGACGUGCCCAGUGGAAAUAUCCUCAUGCCAGUGACUCAAAUGGAACCAGGAACAGAAGAUUGUGCUGAUGCAGAUACUUUCCUGGGUCAAGAGCCAAAUAAGGCGCAGCACUUUCCCACAGCACCCGAAAAGGUUGGAGCCAGUGGGGCUGAUUCUUUGCCAUCAGGACCAUUCUCGCAGCUGCAGCAGCCUCUGCGACCACCACCAGCUCAGAUGCAGGCACCACCACAAGCACAGUUUGCUGGUGCACCACCAGUGGCUCCUACAGAGAAUGUUUCAGCAGGGCCUGACACAGCCUUCCAGAUGUCGCAGCCAAUGCCAGAUCAAACAAGCUCUGCUCUCGGACCUCCUCCCAUGGGUCCACCCAUGAACUUCCACCGCCAGAGCCCCUUGACCCAUGCUUCUUUCCUGCGUCAGGCAGCCCACUCCACGCACACAAUUGCACAAGGGCCAGGCAAUAGUGCAACUCUGCCAGUUGGCCAGCCUCAAGAGACACCUUCAUAUCAAGGACCUAGCCAGAAUGGUCCACCACCACCACACAACUUGUACACUCCGUCGUCCCAAGCUGAUGCUUUCUCGUAUGGCCCUUCUUUCACUGCUACCACUCCUGCUUCCUUUGAGCAACCACAGCAUACAUACAUGCCUGACCAUGCCCAGCUGCCUGUUUCUCCACCAGAUGCUACCUAUGUUCCUGUGAGGCCUCACUGGUUUUACAACAAAGAGAUUGAGAACAAAGUUGUAUGGAUACCUUUCUCUCUAUUGGACUCAACCAAUCUGGAAGAAGCAUCUGCAAGGUUGGCUUUUGGUAGUGAAGUUGUGGUGACCACCGACGGUGGAAGGUAUGAUGUGGAUGUUGGUGCACGCUUGCGUCGCCCAGUGUACUGGGACGAAACACCCAGUCAGGUGCGACGUUGUACCUGGUUCUACAAGCUGGAAGGCCAGAACCGCUUUGUGCCCUACGAGGAGCCUGUGGCCUUCAUAUUGGAAGACCAUUACCGAAAGGCUAUGGCCACGGGACGCUGGCACCAGAAACUGGAACUGCCUGGGAAUCAGACAGUUGUCAUGCAUAAUUCCAGUGUAAUGGUGCACUUCCUGCCUUCAAGCCACCCUGACGAGUGGGGCAAUGUUAGUGAGGGUCAGACACGGCCUCGAGUUGUAAAAAGAGGCAUUGAAGAUGUUGACACGAUUGAGGAAGGUGAGCCCAGCCAUAUUGAUCACCUGGUCUUCGUAGUGCAUGGUGUGGGUUCUGUGUGUGAUUUUCGCUUUCGCUCGGUUGAAGAAUGCCUUGAUGAUAUUCGGCACAUUUCUCUUGGGCUCAUCAAGAGUCACUUCAGCAUACCCUCACAGGAGGGCAAUAUUGGGCGCAUUGAAUUCCUGCCUGUCUCAUGGCACUCAACACUGCACAGCGAUGCUACAGGCAUUGAUAGUGCCCUCAAGCACAUCACUCUCAGGAGUAUCCCGAAGCUGCGCCAUUUCACUAAUGACACACUUCUCGACAUCCUUUUCUACACUAGCCCUGUGUACUGCCAAACUAUUGUUGAUACUGUCGGCUCGGAGAUUAACAGGUUGCACAGCAAGUUCAUGGAACGCAACCCUGGUUUCAAAGGCACUAUUGCACUAGCAGGCCACAGCCUUGGUUCACUGAUUUUAUACGACAUUUUGUCCCAUCAGAGUGACGCGAGCUCCCAGUCAAGCUCCACAGAUGUCUUCGUUGAUUCUCCUAAGGCUGAACUAACACCAUCACCCACAUCAACUCAUGGUUGUGAAGAGGUAUCAGACAUCCUGCAAAAUGCUGACAAGGAUGUCUCUGUAGAAUCCGUUUUUCAAGAACUCAUGCUUGAUGACUACAUAGCCAAGAUCCACGAGGAGAAGAUUGACAUAGAAACCUUGAAAAUGUGCUCUGAGGGAGACCUUAGAGAAAUGGGCCUGCCCAUGGGACCACGUAAAAAACUGCUGUCUUACAUGAAGGACCUUUCUGAGAAACAGAAUCAGCGCAAAGCACAUCCUUCCCAACCAGCCAAGGCAGCAGCUCAUCAGCAGGUCUCACUCAGCCCUCAGACCUCGGUUCAUUCGCAAACUGGUCGCAAGCGGGAAAGCGUGGCCUCAGUUAACUAUUCUAUGGGCAUGGCUGGCACUGGCCAGCUCUCUGUGAGCUAUCCAAAGAUAAACUUCCAUCCAAGCUGCUUCUUUGCACUAGGAUCUCCAAUUGCGAUGUUUCUAGUAGUGCGUGGCAACGAGACCCUGGGUGAGGACUUCAGGUUGCCAACUUGUCCAGCUUUCUUCAACAUCUUUCAUCCGUUUGAUCCUGUGGCAUACCGCAUGGAAACCUUGAUUGACCCCAACUUCACUGCAUGUCCUGUUUUGAUUCCCCACCACAAAGGUCGCAAGCGAAUGCACCUCGAGCUUAAAGAGAGCCUUAGUCGAAUGGGUUCUGACUUGAAGCAACGUUUCAUGGAUUCAAUACGGUAUACAUGGAACUCGCUCAAUGAAUUUGCACGUGCUCAUCGCUCCUCUCCGGCACAAAUGGAGGAAGAGGUGAAUCGUGUGCUACAAGAGGAAAUAAGCCGUCAGACUGAUGCAGCAGAGGUUGAGAGCACAGUGACGGUGUCUGAUUUGCAAGGUAUCGAGGACAUUGGUGUUGGCCAGCUGAAUGGUGGAAGACGCAUUGAUUAUGUCCUUCAAGAAAAGCCCAUAGAGAGCUUCAAUGAGUACCUGUUUGCUUUGGCUAGCCAUGCCUGCUACUGGGAGUCUGAAGACACAGUGCUGCUAAUAUUGAAAGAACUCUAUGCCUUGCAAGGAUUUGCACCACAGCUGGCUACUAGUCGCUCUGCUUCUCAACCCAAGAUGCAAUUGUACAACCCAGCUGCACUACUGGGUAACACCAGUGUAGCUGUGCCACCACCUCCUACGAGUCUGCAGUCACCACCAAACAGUACCACUACCACCAGUGGUGUACCACCCUUACCCCUUGACGGACUGAGCGCCCCACCUCCAUUGCAGGGAUUUGUGCGCAUGUCUCCUCUCACUCGAAAAUAGGUGCUUUCCCACUUCCCUGGCAAUGCCCAAGCAGAUACGUUCGACUGCACAAGUAGCACCCAGCCAGUAGUACUCCUCCAGUCUUUCGUUGACAGCCUUGUGCUGUCAGAUUCCCGUAGCUUGUUUUUAAGGGGCAGCGCAGUGAACCUGCACUUUUAUGGUAAUUUUGGAAAUAGCUUGCUCUUGGAACAAUGAACAACUUGCAUGGGCAACAGGCAUCGUUACGUGCUUGACACAGCACUUGAGCCGGAAGAGGCAAUUACAGUGCAUUGUGCAAUUCAAAAAUUUUAGCAUGAAGUCCUAAAAGUUGUUCAGUGAACCCUGGCAUGAAAAGUUCUAAUAGCCAGUAUAAAACUGGCCUCCAAAGAAAUUGACCAAUAAAUGAAAGCACAAUUA